AUAGGCUGCGGUGGGCGCGCGGCGCGAAGGAUUUCCUCGAGGAUGGGCGGCGGGUGAAGGAGGGCAGGACAGCGAUGGCGGGAGGCCCGCUGCUCUGGGGAUCCCUGGCGCUCCUGCUGCUGGGCGGCUCAGGUGGACAGGUGUUUCAACUUAAAGAAAACAUCGAAUAUAGAAACAAUUCCCCAGAGCGGUUUUGCUAUACAAAUGACUUGAUACCAAAAUGGCAUGAUAUAUGGACACGGAUUCAGAUUCGAGUGAAAAGUGACAAGAUGAUCCGGGUCAUCCAAGUUGAAAAUGAGGAGAAGCUGAAAGAACUGGAGGGGUUCAACAUAUGGAACUACAUUGGUUCCUUCUUCAAAGAGAAGCUCAAUGAUACUUACAUUGCUGUAGGCCUCUACAGUAGUAAAACCUGCCUGAAAGUUGAGCCCAUUGAACUACCCUCGCAUUACAGUGUCAUCGUUGCUCGUAGACUUGAUCCCAAGCUCUUCGUGGUUACAUUUGUGGGCCUUCUGCUGUACUUUUGUAGUGACUUGAUGAGCAGGAGCUCAUUGUUCUAUUAUUCAGCUGGCACAAGCAUCGGGGUGCUAGGUUCACUGCUCAUUGCCAUCUAUAUUUUUGGAUUUUUUGUGCCCUAGAAAAGUCCCAUCUACCUCAUGUUUGUGGGAGGCUGGUCUUUUUCCGUUUACCUCAUCCAGUUGGUUUUCAGAAACCUGCAAGAGAUCUGCAGAUCGUACUGGGAAUAUCUACUGGGUUACCUGGUGAUUGCGGGGUGCAUCAGCUUUGCUGUGUGUUACAAAUAUGGCCCUUUGGAGAAUGAACGCAGCAUCAACCUCCUCACUUGGGGCCUGCAGCUCCUUGGCUUGCUGCUCCUCUACUUGAGCAUUCAGAUACCUCAGAUCUCCAUUGGCUUGAUCGUCAUUGCAUUCUGCACUAAAAACUUGGAGUACCCUGUUAUCUGGGCCUAUGCCGUCUACAGGAAGGUGUUCACAGCCACAGCAAAGCCCAGCCCGCCGCGCCUGCUCACGGAGGAAGAGUAUCGAAUACAGGGGGAAAUAGAGACACGCAAAGCUCUGGAGGAGUUGCGGGAGUACUGCAGCAGCCCUGAGUUCUCUGCAUGGAAAGCAGUCUCCCGCAUCAAGUCUCCAAAGAGAUUUGCUGACUUUGUAGAAGGUUCUCCACAUGUCAUUCCCAAUGAGAUCUCGGUCCAUGAGCAGGAAUAUGGACUGGGAGGAUCCUUUCUAGAGAACCAACUGUUUGAAGAGGAAGGUGAGGAAAGAGAUGACAGCUUUGACGAGGAGGACUUCUUGGAUGCCUCAUGGCCCCCGAACUACCAGAGUUUUCCAGACAGGGAAGGCUAAUAUUCAUACCAGCAGAGUGAUUGGUAUCCUUGUUGGCCUGCAGCUUUGCUGUCCUCUGGAGCACAUCUUUGCAAAGCCUGUUCUGUAUGGCAGGCCCAUCACAAAGUGUAUCUGCAUCAAGGGACGCUCUGGGAACCAUGGCAGUGGUAGUGUGUGCCAUUAAAGUCUGGUCAUCUGCCUCUGACAGUGAAUCAAUGUGAAUUGAACUUCAAUUGGGAUAUGUCAGAGUGCUGCGCAAUUGCAAAUCAGGUGGUUGGGCUGCAAGCUGUGCAUAAGGGUCAGAGAAAUGAGUUUAAAGUGGGUUGUGAGAAUCUGCUGAAAGUCUGCUAGUGACGAACUUUGUAUCUUGGUAAAAUCAAGGGCUUUUAAAAGGCCUGUGUCUAAUAUCAGUUCAGCUUGACAGAAAUAUUGUAACUCGCAUUUGUCCUUUGUUCCUUGGAAGUGCACAGCACGGUCCUCUUAAGGCCAGGUGUGUGGCAUUUUUGCCCAGUCUAUUCCCCUGCACUGAUUCAUUGAGUAACACUUGUCUAAACUAUCAGGCUUGACCUCUUUGCACAGAUCUACUUUGAUCAGGAAAUGACCCACACUGUGCAGAUCAGUCAAGAUUUAUGUUUUAUUAUUUUUGCUUGCAAGUAAGUUUUGGGUUUUUUAGAGUUGCCCCUCAGUUUCAACUCAGAAGAUGGAAGCUUCAAGAAGUAUGAUGAGAUCUUUGGAAACAGACAUGUAUCUAGGCCUCUUUCUGCCAUUGCACAAUUUAUUUGUUUUCUCAUGAAAAGGGAAUUCCAUCAACUUGUAGGCCUCCUAAAUAAAUCCCUCAGGGUUUCUGAUUUGCACCUUUAUUUGCACCCUUCUUGCAUAUUCAAAAUGUGUCACGUGCUAGGCCUGCCAGGACACAGGUGUACUUCAUAUACACUUUUUAUCCCUGCCCUUGUACUUCUGCACUUCCCCUUAUGAGACAGUAGUACAUCAAUGAAGAUGUGGCAGAAGUAAACGUUGUGCAACAAAUGUUUACAUCAUAGCUGUUCAAAAACCACUGUUUUAUGUCUGGCAAGACCAAUUGACUGGUACUGGUCUUUGAGUGGGAUUUAACAUGUGGUCUGUUGCUUUCAAGGACCUGCCUGUAUUUUGUGUUAUUUGCAGCUCUGAUAUUUUAAUGCUGGCCUGCUGCCCAUUACUAAACCUCUGCUCAGGUGAGUUACAUAGGGGUCUAUUCUGUUGCUAGCAGCAUUUUAUAGUAGAGUUGAGCAAAGAGGUCUUAAAAUCAGUUUUGACUAAGCCUAUUGCAUUCUCCCACUGCCACUUUUACAUGAGGUAACUGCUGAAAUCAGGAAAAAAAAGAGUACAUCUUUACUUCCACAUUUUCAGAUGUGGUCUCAAUAGAGAGAUAUACAGUGAAGCUGUCCCAUUUUCAAAGUUGCUCUUCUUUACCUAAAAUGGGCUGAAUCAGAUAGUAACAGAAUGGAUGAAUUGUGUGGGAUUCUGAAGUCCAUUAAAACAUAAGCCCCAACAAACAAGUCCUUCCGGUAUAGAAGAAUUUUACCGCUGAGUUGUGCCUUAAUUUCUUGCUUAAAUAUAAAAGAAAAUAUAAAAAGAGGGGAAACAUGUAGCUACCAACAAUCUUGUCUUUUCUAGCGAUUCGUUUUCACCUUUCUAACUUGACAUUUGAAUGUCCUUGCAAAAUGAUUACACACGUAAUUGGUGAAACCUUUGACUUGGAGGCCAGAAUCCAAUUUAGUACUUAAGCUGGAUGGUACCUCUUUCUUUGGUCUCAGUGGCCUCCCCUCCUCUAGCAGCCCCAUAUAUCCCUAGAAACCUGUUGCUGAGGAUUUCCCAUUCUCCCGGUCCUUCCAUGGGGGACUUCAGGAAGAAGAGUGCAUGCGCUCAUUGCAGAAUGAUCCAUCUGAAGUACACCGCUGGAGAGCAUAGACCAGUGGUUCUCAACCUGGGGUCCCCAGAUGUUUUUGGCCUUCAGCUCCCAGAAAUCCUGACAGCUGGUAAACUGGCUGGGAUUUCUGGGAGUUGUAGGCCAAAAACAUCUGUGGACCACAGGUUGAGAACCACUGGCAUAGACCAUGUAUAGUGCUCUGCUGAUGAUACAGAGGAUGCUGCCUUGUGGAUGUAUUUUUUUGCAAACGGAAUGAAAAGUGUUACCAAAAACACAAAGCUGCUGCUGAAAAUGACAGCCCAGUGUGAACAUGUGUCUACUGUAUUCCUUUGUGGCACUGCUUAUCCAGGACCCCCAAAUCUUCCCCACCAGCUGCAUCCAAAGAGCAGGGAAAGGAAACGCACAGCAUAUUGUUGAGAUAUGAAUACAUUGUUCUAGAGCAGGCGUGGGCAAAUUUUGACCCUCCAGAUGUUUUGGAUUUUAACUCCCGAAAUUCCUAACAGCCAGUAGUCCAAAACACCUGGAGGGCCAAAGUUUGCCCAUGCCUGCUCUAGCGGUAUUGCUACAAAACUGACAGAAAGGCAAUGAGGUUUUGUAACACCACCUUACAAAUGGUUUAUUUUCUUUUAUUUUGUGUUACUUUAGAGUUCAGCAGUAAAGCAAAUCACUUUUAUUUUGUGUUUUCUAUUAAAAGAACCACCGAUGUCUGAUCUAACAGCAAAGCCCCUGACCUAGAAUGUUUUUUUUACUAAGUUAGUAUUUUCAGUCAUUAGCAGGUUUGCUCCACACUUUAUGUAAACUACGUAUGUAAAAUGUCACUGGUCUCUUCCAACAUUUGAAACCAACGUGAAGCACUGAAUUCUAGGACUCUGUUUAGCUGCAGAUCAUUCUGUGAAAAGGGCCGGUUACUUGAUCUAUGCAAUGUAUCUUCAUAAGGAAUAGAAGCCAUGGAUGCUUUUAUGGUGGUGGCCAUUGAGAAUAUCUCCUAACAGUGAUGAAACUACUUGCAGCUGUAAUGUUUAUGUUUUACUUGUUUCUUUCAUUUUAAUUAGUUAUAGAAGAUAAAGUCAAUAUUUUUUAAAAAAAUGUACAAAUGACAAUAAAUAUAUUGAGAUACAA